AUGAGUAAGCUCACGGCAAAGAUCCCACCAUUUGCUUGUGACACACGGACUCCCCAGGAACUAUGGGAACUCAAUUUGGCGGAUCGGAAAUUCCUACAACCUGGGGCCAUUGACAUAAUCAUCGGAGCUGAUUUCUACGGGAAAAUUAUCACGCACGGAAUUAUGAGAUACAACGGAACGGGUCUCAUAGCCCAGCAGACAUCCUUUGGCUGGGUAGUAUCGGGGCCAAAGUUCUGGACGCAGGAAGAAAUACCGGAUACUGUAGCACCGGUAAAGAGCAAGGCUGACGCAGAAUGCGAGCAGCAUUUUUUAGAAACUCAUAGAAGAGACGCAACGGGACGGUAUACAGUACGUCUACCGUGUAAAUCAUCGUCUGCCGUCCUAGGGGAUACAGCAUCGACGGCUUGGAUUCGCUUACAGAAGCUCAACAGGCGAUUGGCGGCAGAUCCAGAGGCUCACACUCUAUACCGGAAAUUCAUUGAGGAGUAUGAGGCCUUGGAUCACAUGCAACGGGCACCAUCGACGUCACAGACACGUCAGGCAUACUACUUGCCUCAUCACGGAGUGCUGAGACCAGAUAGCACGACGACCACAUUAAGAGUCCUAUUCGACGCUUCACAUCGAAGCUCUACGGGAGUGUCACUGAAUGAUAUUCUUCAUUCAGGACCGAAACUACAAACGGAAUGCUCUGACGUCCUCAUCUGGCUUCGCCGGCAUCGGUUGGUCUUCGGAGCGGACAUAGAGAAAAUGUUCCGCCAGAUUCGCGUCCAUCAGAAUGAUUGGGACUAUCAACGAAUCUUUUGGAAGGACGACGACGGCCAGAUCAUUGAAUAUCAAUUAACAACGGUCACCUACGGGACCAGCUGUGCACCUUGGCUGUCUCUUCGAGUGCUGAAGCAGCUGGCAAUCGAUGAAGAAAUGGUGCAGCAACGCGCCACGGACACUCGGACGACUCGGAAUAUCAGCGGAAUCAGCUCCAACCAUCGAAUUCGGGGAAUCAUCAGUGAAAGUGCUGGGCCUCUGCUGGCAGCUUUAGACAGACACUUUCCACUUCAAGGCAAGGAACUUCAGCGGAGACACCAUCACCAAACGCCACCGGUCAUCAUCACGGCAAAAAUAUUCAUACAAGAAUUAUGGCUGCUCAAACUCGACUGGGACGAGCAAAUACCAAUGACACAUGCAAAACGGUGGAGAAGUUUCAGGGAGGAACUUCAACGGCUGAGCAGCCUUUCAAUACCACGAUGGCUACAUCUUUCAUCGGGAAAGGAAAUACAACUACACGGAUUUGCAGCCGCAUCGACCCUAGCAAUGGGUGCAUCGGGUUAUCUUCGCUCCUGGCCAGCAUCAUCGGGAGCAAACGUCAAGUUGGUCUGUGCCAAAACCAAGGUGGCUCCCCUCAAGAAGAUGACCAUUCCACGGCUGGAGCUCACGGCAGCUGUCAUGGUCACAAAUCUAAUGGCCUAUGUACAGCGAGCUCUGGAACUUGAGGAUGCGGAGCUCUACUUAUGGAGCGACUCAUCAGUAGCCAUCGCAUGGAUCAACGGAGAUCCAUCACGGUGGAAGGACUUUGUGCAGAACAGGGUUCUCAAGAUCCAAGAUACCCUGCCCUCUGCCAAGUGGAAUCACAUCAACGGGAAGGAGAAUCCAGCGGACUGCGCAUCGAGAGGAAUAUCACCAACGGAAUUGGGGGAGCAUCAUCUCUGGUGGACUGGACCAUCAUGGCUUGUCCAACCACCAGAACAAUGGGUAGCAGCAUCAUCGGAAUUAGCAUCCACAUCGGAAUUAUCAUCAGUGGUGGCAACGGAGGCGAAACCACCCACCACCAGCUCAUAUCCAGUGCACAUUGUCGACGAAGAUGCACCAAUCAACCGGAUUUCGUCAUGGAACAAGGUAGCUCGAAUCACAGCCUGGGUGAAUCGAACAGUAAACAAAUUUAAGGGACAACCAAUACCGGAUUCUCCACAACUCGGAACAACGGAAAUAGAGGACGGAAGACUGUUCUGGGUUAAGUACACCCAACAGCGAUAUUUCGAACGGGAAAUCAACACACUGAAGGCUGGAAGAUCACUCGCAGCCAAGCAUCGUAUGGCGACGCUGACGCCAUACCUGGAGAACGACGUCAUGCGCAUGGGCGGAUGUCUACGGAAUUCAACAUUGGAUCCGGAGGAGAAGAAUCCAAUUAUUCUCCCACGUCACUCACCGCUAUCAACACUUAUCAUUGCGGAAGCUCAUCAGAGGAGCUUCCACGGGGGAACGCAACUCACGUUGGCACACAUCCGGCAAAGGUACUGGAUCAUCGGAGGACGGGCACCAGUACGCUCACACAUAUUAAAGUGCGUCAUCUGCGCACGUCAUCGAGCUGUGCGAGCUCAACAGCUGAUGGGACAGCUGCCAUCGCGACGAGUGACACCAUCAAGAGCCUUCCUUCACUCAGGAGUAGACUUCGCCGGCCCAAUCAACAUCCUGAGGUGGAGAGGCUCAGGGGCAGGCAAAACAAUGUACAAGGCGUACAUUUGCCUAUUUGUCUGCUUCGCCACAUCCGCAACACACUUGGAACUGGUAACAGAUCUCACGGCGGAAGGAUUCAUCGCAGCAUACAAACGAUUUACGUCAAGACGGGGAAUUUGCGCGACCCUGACCAGUGACAAGGGACUAAACUUCAUCGGGGCUGAAAAACAAUUACGGCAGAUUAUCCACCAGGCAUCCAGCGAAUCAGCAACCAUCAAGAACUGGCUAGCAACAAACGGAACGGAAUGGAGAUUUAACCCGCCCUACUCGCCACACAUGGGAGGCAAAUGGGAGGCCGCGGUUAAAUCCACGAAACACCACUUACGGAGAGUGAUAGGAACUUCAACUCUGACGUACGAGGAAUUUACGACUCUUCUGACUCAGGUUGAAGCCAUCCUGAACUCGAGACCGCUCUGCCCGAUAAACAACGACCGGCAAGACACAACGGCAUUGACACCAGGGCACUUCAUCAUCGGCGGAUCGCUGACAGCGAUUCCAGAACCAACUCUGGAACACAUCAACACGGAUCCGCUAAACAAGUGGCAACUUAUCACGCAGAAGGUGCAGAACUUCUGGGACCAUUGGGCACGCGAGUGCGUGCAUCGCUACCAACAAAUCUAUCGGUGGAGAAAACCAACGGACGACAUCAAAAUUGGUUCGUUGGUUCGCAUAUCACACGAGCAGGAACCGCCAACCAGAUGGCUCCUGGCUCGAGUCAUCAGGAUCCACCCGGGACAGGACAACUUGACCAGGGUUGUCACACUUUGGAAAGGCAACAAGGAAAUGCAGCGGGCAAUCCAUCGAUUGGUACCACUACCAAUCAAUGACGAUCUACUGGAAGGUGGCGGGUGGUAUGUUCAGAAUCCCGCGGUCAAACGUCAGGAUGACCAACCGGAUGACCUCGGCCAAUCACCUUUGACCAUCGUAACGAGAGGUCACGAUCGAUCUCGGGAUCGUUACGAUGGUCAUGCACAUUGUGUGAAAUUAUUUAAACCCAAUGAAUCGGCUUCUCAACACACCCAGUGUCAAGUUAUUCGCCAUCCGGAACUUCCUCACCCACCAUCCCAUACGGCCCAAAUCAUCCCCGGAACACCUCAAAUUGAAAACAAUAAUUUCAUAUUUGUCUUGAAAAUGGAUGCGGUUUUAUAUGAAGAAUUUGAUAUAACGAUGUACAAUGAUCGCAAUCUUAGCACAAAAUAUACUGAACUACUAGUGAUGCAGUAUUCAAAAGACAUAUAA